GGGAAAAUGGAGAGUCAUAGAUUCACAUGAGCAAUUGGUGAGUUUACUGACCGGUCCCAGGCAGAGCAGUCUUGUUUCAUGGACCACAAACCGACAUGUUGAUGCUGCAAGAGAAAGAAACUUUAGUAUAUUUUAGAUAAGUAGCAAAGUUUUAAGACAAAAAAGGGGAGAAAAUAGAACCUGAGGAAAGAUGAACAUGCGUACAAUGCAGAUCUGGGGGUUUCUGUUGUCGGUGACAGGAUGGAUCUUUGUGUCCUGUUCAAUGGCCAUGGAAGCCUGGAAGGUCGCUCCUAUUGGAGGGGUCGGUGGGAGCAACAUCAUAUCGGUGGGCUGGCACUGGUCCAGUCUGUGGAGAGAAUGCUUCACCGACUCCGCUUCCACAACCAGAUGCUAUGACUUCCCUGUGCUGUGGGCUGUCGAAGGUUAUCUUCAGAUCGUGAGAGCUCUGCUGAUGGCCGGCAUGGGUGUCGGAGUUCUCGCUAUUAUCCUCAGCCUUGUAGGAAUGGAGUGCACCUACAUUGGAGGAAACGACAAUGAGAAGAACCGAUCUGUGCGUGCAGCAGGCAUCUGUCACGUAUCAGGGGGUUUGCUGGCGUCCGCUGGUUAUGCUGUUUAUGCUGAGCGUAUUUAUGCAGAGUAUUACAACCCUACAAUAGCUGGCUUGCAAUAUGAAUUGGGAGUUCCGCUGUUUCUUGGAUGGUCGGGAUGUGCUGUUCAAAUCACGGGAGGGGCUUUCUUUAUAGCUUCAGUCUCCAGACUCUCAUCUCAGACAUACAUUCAUGCACCGACUCUCAGCGUUCCUGUUGUGGAGGCCAAUGCCUUGCGUUCCUCUCGCACAAACAUUUCCAUCAUAUCCGAACAUUCCUCAAACUCCAAAACAUCAGCGGUGUCCGCACUCUCCUCGAAGUCUGAAAUAACUGCUGUGUCUAAAGCCCCAUCAAAGAAGUCGCGUGUCUCCAGAAGCGAACGGCCCUCAAGACCUCGACGCUCCGAUAAACCGCGAGACUCCGUCAGAUCUGAAGUAUCAGAGUCGGUGAGCUUCUCGCGAUCCUCAAGGACCAGCAGACCACAUAUCAACAAUAAGGCGUCUUCUACAUCCAGAGGCACCACACGUCAGUUCGUCAAGAGCUCCUACCUCUGAAAUAUCACUGGAUCUGGAAAAACAAUGGUUCUGUAGAACAGACAGAAACCGACAGAAUGGGUUGGUAAAUGAUAUCUAAAGCAAAGACUAUAGUAUACACAAGACAUCUUACUUGUUGUAACGCCACGCCAGCAGAGGGAGCCCUCGCCCAACUACUGACUUAGCACCACUCCCUCUGCAGUCACUUCCUGUUUGUCCUGUAUUUCAGUGAGUGUUCAGGCCAUGCUUGGUUGCGAAGUAUUGCCAGUUUACCUGUCGUACCAAGCGUUGUUCCUAGUGACUUUCUUGACUGCAUUCCUGUGUAUGAUCCUGCCUCUCUUGACCACGUACGUUCUCUGCCUUUGCCCUUCUGAUCUGUUUUGGACUGAUUGUUGUUGCACUGAUCCUCUGCCUGCAUUAUUACUACGUCUUCUGGAUUUGCCCCUUUGCUUGUCGCUUGGUUUGGACUGCUUUCCUGUUACCAACUAUUUGCCUGUUAAUAUGUUGAUGUCGCACCCUAUUAAUAAACUUCCGCAUAUGGAUUCAAACAAAGCCUCAGCAUCCACGUUACACUUGUAUCGUUUUGAAUGGGGAAAAUUGUAACGGCCAAUAUGGCGAAUAAAGCCCCGCCUCCUAAUACAGUAGCCAAUCAUUGAUCGCUGUAGACUGAUGAUUCUCCAGGGGAGGCGCUCAGACCAGACCAGUUUCUGCAGAUUUUGUAUGAUUUGGACGUUUAGAAAUGAAACUUAUGAGACGGUUGUUGUUUAAUUUUAUUGGUGAUUUCUAAUGUGACAUUUAAUCGUAAGCUUGGCAAGCAAUUUUGGAGAAUUUGAUGUUCCCCAUUCAAACUAAAUGCCCGAGAGCCAUUUCAAAGAUGGGCGUCGAGUGAAAUGACUUGCCUUAAAGGGACUGUCUACAGUUACACAAAACUGUGAUGUCUAGGCAGGGUAGGUGACAUUUUGGUUGUUCCAAUUGAAAGUUUCUUUAAAUCUCAAUAUCACUCUAGUCUUUAUGAGGUCUAGGGCUGCAUUUACACUGUAUGGUUCAAGUAGCCCAAUUUCAAUCAUGGAUUCCGAUUCACUCAGAUCAGAUUCAGGCCUUAUUCAUAUGAGGAAAUGUAUCCCUUAUGGAUUGGAUACGUGCCCUCGUGUCUGCAGUGCAAUCAGGUAGAUUGGAUUUUCAAAAUGAGUUGCAUGUCAUUGAAAAAAUGGUAGUAAACGACAUC